CAGCUGAUUUCUUAUCGACACUGCGGCUUAUCGGUAGUUAGCCUUGAGAAAAAAUUGUUGCUCUCGUUUGCCUCUAUCGUCGACGCAAGGCGUAAACUUGGCCAUUAUUUCCAUCUCUAUAACUAUGAUAAUACUAAGUAUAAAUUAAUACUAUAUCAAAUGGCUCUUUCUAGUGCUGAUACUAGUCCUCUGUAUGAGGAAAGAAAACGGGCUUCAUUUGAUUCCGAAGAACUCAAGACAUUUUUGGAUCCUUCCGAAAUUAUUGAAUUUAAGGAGCGGUUGUAUAAAUUCAUGCAAGAAGAGCCCAGCUUUGCUCACCUAUCACCUGAAGCCUCUCAUGCAGAGCAGAAGCUGGCCACAUACCACCGUACUGUAGCUCUUCUUAAUGCCAGAUUCAGUGCUCUUGAAGAUUACCUACUUGACCCUAGAAAGCCAGCCGUGGCUGUUAUGUGCUUGGGUGAGUAUGACUGGUCUUUGAUAGCGCGCUCUGGUCUUCUGGUGCGCUUCAUACAGUCUGGCAUACUGGGAUUGGGCACUGAGAGGCACAGGCAUCUUGUUAGCAAGCUAGAGAAUCUAGAGAUAGGAGGAGCGUUUUGCCUCACUGAGAUCGGCCAUGGAACCAACACUAAAGGCAUGAGGACGGAGGCUCGCUACGACCCUGCCACUGAAAGCUUCGUGCUGCACACACCUGACUUUGAGGCUGCCAAGUGCUGGGCUGGCAAUCUGGGUGAGACGUGCACCCACGGGCUUGUGUUUGCUCAGCUAUACACAGCAGACGGUGCAUGCCACGGGCUGCAUUGCUUUGUUGUUCCAUUGCGUGACCCGGCCACACUCAAGACCUUCCCGGGCGUCACCAUAGCAAACAUGGGGCGCAAGCAUGGUCUCAAUGGAGUUGAUAAUGGAGUGAUGCUUCUGGACCACUACAGAAUACCUCGAGAAAACCUCCUCAACAGAACUGGCGACGUCACUCCCAGCGGCCAGUAUGUUUCUCCUUUCAAGGAUCCAUCAAAACGAUUCGGGGCGUCGCUGGGCAACUUGUCAGCUGGCCGCGUGAGCAUCAUCAGCUUCGGCGUGGUGAACAUGAGGAAGGCGCUCACGAUCGCCGUGAGGUACUCCGCCGUCAGGAGGCAGUUUGGCCCGCCGUCUGCUGACGAAGAGAUACCUGUGCUUGACUACCCUCUACAUCAAUGGAGGCUGUUCCCGUACCUGGCCUGCGCCUACCUGCUGGACCACUUCUCUAAGACCUUCUCCGACCACUACGCCAACUUCACCAUGACAAUGAUGGGUCGAGAAGAUCCUGACUUAAUGGCUGAGUUUGGUCAGGAGAUCCACGCGCUGUCGAGCUGCGGCAAGCCCCUGUCUGGAUGGCUGGCCCGGGACUGCAUCCAGGAGUGCCGGGAGGCUUGCGGGGGCCAUGGCUACCUCAGUGGCGUGGGUGUGACGUGCAAACGCCUGCUGGAGUGCCUAGCUCGGGAGCUGUGCGCCCUCACGGCUCAGGACGCGGUCGCUCUCACCUCCACCGACGCCUUCACUGUCCGCAACAACACGCAGGUCUUCCGCGCACACCCCCUCGCCGUCGUCCACUUCCACGUGGUGAUGUUGCUGUGGUACGAGCAGCUACUGCAGUCCUGCAACAACCACAAGCUUCUCCUGCCACUGCGUCGCCUCUGGGCGCUCUACGGUGCCACUCAAGUCUUGAACUUGAUGCAGUUCUCACAUGCCGGUGUGCCGCCGCUCACCGUGCGCUGCCUGCAGGCGCACGUGACGCGCCUCUGUGCCGCCUUGCGCCCUGACGCCGUCCCUCUCGUGGACGCCGUCGCCCCGCCCGACUUCUGCCUCAACUCCGUCCUGGGACGACAUGAUGGACGCGUAUACGAGCACCUGAAGGAAGCAAUGCUCGGGCCACCAGGCGCCACGGAGCGCCCCGAAUACUGGCAGCAAAUGACGUAUCCUCCUCGUAACCUAGUCCCUCUCGCCAAACUCUGAACCAAACUCUGGUGAAAAUGAUCAGUUCUGUACGCUAGUAAGAUGCUAGUGACUUGUACUGAACCCCAGACAUCCAGUCAUAUACUGCAAAUGAUGAACUUUGAUCCUUUGUGAAGUGAAGAUGACCAAGUUUGUAUCGUAGUAAUGGUAAGUGAUGAGCGUGAUGAAUGUGAUGAAUGGGUAAGUGAUAAACCCCGUCAAGGUGCAAAUGAUGAAGUUCCAAGCCAAGUUGCAAAAAGUUUCCUUUUAACCCCGACGAGCUGCAAAAAGUUCCCUGUGAACCCCGACAAGUUACAAAAAGUUUCCUUUGAACCCCGACAAGUUUCAGAUGAUGAACUCUGAACUCUGGUGAGAUGUUAACUUUUGCAUCAGGAAAAUGUUCAUUUCUGAACCCUAGCGUCGUGGAACCUCAUCCUCAUCGUGGACCCAAGCAUCCGCCACACAGCGCCGCUCCAGGUCAGGCGUUGCCUUCAUGCUGAAGCUGUUCUAGUAGAUUCCUGUCUAUUAGAGAAUUUGUGUCAGUUAUGAAUGAUUUUUUUAUUUAAGAAACUUUCAAUAAUUGAGACCUUCCAUUCUGUUGGUGAUGUUCAUCUUCAAUUUCGGUGCGAGAAAGCUCAGUAGCUGUAGCGCUAGUAAACAUGUGGCAAGCAACUUAUGUCAGUGGGUACUAUUGUUUGAUUGUUUUUUUUUAUUGGUCAAUUUAAACCUUUCCAUCUAUUACCUUGAACUCCAGCAUUCGUUCAUCAUUGAUUUAGAAAGUAUAGACCCAAUUUCAAACAUUUUUGAGAAGUUCUUCACUGAGGUAAAUUGUAAGAAUUUUUAUCGCGAGCUCAAAUAAUUUUUUUUUCGUUCUCUAAAGUUUACGUCGGACUUACGCAGAAUGAAUCUAACCUCGCUGAUAUAUUGCAUCUUCAAAGCAGAAUUCAGUAGGAAACAUCGAGCUUGCGUGCCGCUCUCCGAUGGCCAGUUUGUGAUAGGAAGAGUGGGUCGUUAUUAUGUGCUAGUCUUUAUUUUGCUAUGUAGACAAUUCGUUGCUGUUGUGGGACUGUUGUCGUAUUCUAAUCCAUAUUAGUUUUUUACCUGGACAGUUUUUAUCCUGUUAUUUUAAAUGUUUUUUUGGUCCUAAACUACGUAACACGUUUCAUAAAAGUGGAAAACACUUUCAAUUAUUAUUCUAGAUGCUAGUAAUAAUUGCCGAUAAUAAUUUGAUUGUUAACGAACGUUCCUCUAAUGACCAGUUGUGUUUCAUGUAAAUUAUACGGUGCAAUCAUUUUUAGUUUCUUGUGUCUCCAGAAUUGUUUUAAGACAUUUCUUGUAGGUAUUAUUUUUUACUUUGCGACUGUUUCUUCUUUGGCGGCUGUUGAAAGUAUAUUGGA